AUGGAGCAGCACUAUCCUCCGAUUGGAGUGGAGUUCCUGAGGAUUUUCGCCACCAUAGAGACCAUCGUAACCUCGGUGUCGGACGAGUUCCCCAAAUACUUGAGGAAAAACAAACCUCUCUUUACUUUGAUCUUCUGUGCCAUCUUCUUCGUCUGCGGGUUCCCCAUGAUUACAGAGAAUGGGAUGUUCAUGCUGCAGUUGGUGGACACGUACGCAGCCUCCUACUCUUUGGUCAUCAUUGCGAUCUGCGAGCUGUUGGGGAUUUCCUACCUCUAUGGUCUGCAGAGAUUUUGUGAGGACAUUGAAAUGAUGAUUGGUUUCCAGCCAAACCGAUUCUGGAGAAUCUGCUGGGGUUUUGUGACUCCAACCAUUCUGACGGGCAUCCUGGGAUUGAGUCUGUACCAGUGGAAGGGGAUGACGUAUGAGGACUACACCUACCCCACCUGGUCCAUGGUCAUGGGCUGGCUCAUGGUCUGCUGCUCCGUCAUCUGGAUCCCCAUCAUGUUCUGCGUUAAGAUGUACCUCGCACCUGGCAGCUUUAGAGAGCGCCUGAAGCUGGUCUGCUCCCCUCAACCCGACUGGGGUCCCUUCCUGUUGAAGCACCGUGGAGAACGCUACAAAAACAUGACCGACCCCCUGGGAACCAACUCUCUUGGUCUCAAACUUCCCCCCAAGGACUUCCAGCUCGGCACCUACCAGUAAACAGUAGCAGUUACCCUGACAUAAUUGCACCAACAACCUCCAACCCCUGCAGGGGGCACCUGGAAACACCCCUCCUCUCCCUUCUCUCCCUUUCUCCUGUUUGUGCUUCACCCUCAUGUGUCCUGUCAUCCUCCCAGUUUGGUGGAUCUGCAGACAGACCCCCUCUCCCUUCCCUCCUUCCUCUCCACCCCCUCCUCUCUUCUUUCAUGGAGGAGUGGCUUCCCAGGUGGGGUCUACUCCUCCUCUGCGGCUUCGUACUCGGUUAAUGGGCUAUCAUUGCCCCCCACACAUGACCACUGAUUACUUCAGAACCCUUCCCAGGGAUCUUUAUUCCAAGAGAAGAUUGUGUCAUAAAAAUGACACAGCUCAGAUUGCACUUGCAAUAUUAGACUCACCAUAGCUGCCCCCUAUGGAGUCGUGUGUGUACGUGCGUUUGUGUGUGCAUGUGAUAAUGAAUCACUUGGUGCGAGCAGACACAGGAAAACAAAAAGAAAAUUGUGAGACAGAGAAGCAGCGGUUCAAUGAGCUCGGCGGGGAUCUGUGUUUUGUUCCAUUCGUGUGCACAUUUCCAACAGCAUUACAAAUAAUAUCAGCCUCUGGAAAAAAGAAGAAAAUUGCUCUGGUUUCACAUUUCGUUCCUACCCAGCAGUAUAUAUGUAUAUUCACAGCAGCUUCUGCUCACUCGCUCUUGCUUUGUUAAAAAUAGAUUAUACGAUCUGCAAUGUGUGCCUCCUCCUUCGCAGUAGAGUAGCGAAUGCAUCCUGAUAACCACAUUCAGUAGAUACACUUCGGCCUGGAUGACUCUGCAGUAUGGUAGAAGCUUGGGUCUAUUUUUCUCUCUGAAUCCAAGGGACUAUUUGUGAUACCCUCUCCUUUGGUCUAUUUACUAAGUUAUACUCCUGGUCUCCUUUAUUAUAUUAUUCUAAAAUGUAAAGAACACAUUCCCAAUGUAGGACAUCACUAGAGUAGUCUCUCCUUCCUUUAGUAACGUGGCCAUUUAACCAAUUUAACACACUAAAACCUGACCUUAUAGUCACUCUGUGCUUAUAUUUUAGACAGUGUAUUAAUCUCUGUAUGUGUUGUGAACCUGUCAAGU